AUGGAAUUGCAAGAAGAAAACAAGAAACCAGAAAUAAAAUUAAUUUCCUGGGACUUAGUCGGUAUUUGGUCUUUGGAUAUUCAAAUAGAGACAUGUGCUAUCUGUAGGAACCAUAUUAUGGAUACAUGUGUUGAAUGUCAGAAUGGAAUAGGAGCAGGCGAAGAGUGUAACAUUAGUUGGGGAAAGUGUGGGCAUGCAUUUCACACACAUUGCAUUGGUCGAUGGUUGAAUUCAAGAAAUAUAUGCCCACUUGACACACAGCCGUGGAUCUAUGAAAACCGAAGUCUAGACAAUAAGAAAAUGCAGCAAUAA